CUGUCGCGACACAUUUGAAGGAAACCCAAAGAUGAAAUUGGCUCUGAUUUUUAUCGCGGGCUGCAUUAGCGCAUCGCUUUCUUACGGCCAGCCGCCGUUCCAAUGGCAGCAGUUCCCACCAUCUAAAAAUCCCCCUUACAUGGCCCUAGUCGAUUACAGGAACGACGAUCCUGACGACAUCAUCACAGGUAAUGACAACUGGGAUCUAAACAGCGACGACGAGAAUUUAUGGGCCCAGCAGCGGCCGGCUAGCGCUCCGCCUUUGCGUCAGUAUCACCACAAUGAGAACGUCAAUCAAUUCUAUUACCCCAUGUCGCCCAAUUUCCUGCCGACUCCGGUGAGAGAUCACGAAAGGAUCAGCUCUCGUCAGAAGACUCGGCUCCGACAUCCUUUCAUCCGUCCGUCACCAGGGCCAGCAGACAAUUCCGACACGCUGAAUAGCAACAACGCCCGUUUCUUCGCCUCUUUCCCCAAUUUGUUUUUCCCCUCCAUGUUUUACUCGUAUUUGAGCAGCAUCAGCACGUCGGCUUAUUCGACCACGACCUCAUAUCUCAUUUUGAAUUCGACUUUGACGACGACUUUGAUUACGUCGUGUAUUCCGCUGUCGUCAUUCAGCGCCGCCUCAUUGGCAACUGUGGGUUGCCGCAGAAGGAGACAUCUGAUGGACGAGGCUUUCGUGACGGGUGAUGACCAACAAGACCCUGUCAACAUGCAAGACUAUAUUCCGUCAGAAGAAGAGGAACAACAACAAUGGCUGCUGGGAACGUCGCCGAUGGUGAACAAUGUGGGUCGACAUGUGCUGGACCCGGAGAUUAUGUCGUCCAAGGAAACUGAAUUUUUAUCCGGCAACCAUCAUCUGCCAGAAUAUUUAUUACGCCGAGCGCGCUCGGCACGCUACACCAUCACGUCAACAUUUACCAGUUAUUCUUUCUACACCGUCAAUUCGACCAAAACCGCCUUUCUGGGUUCAUCUCUUUUCUGCAUGCCCGGUGGUUUCAGGACAUGCUAAUAAUUCACAUUUUGUCUUUUUUUUUUUUUUAAAUAAACUAUUUGAUUAUUAUCACAGAGUUUUGAAUUCCAUCAAUUUUCAUGCUCUUGUUCUUAUUUUUUGUUCAACACGUUAUGCUGGAUGGGUUUCAAAUCUAGCCAGCAAAUACAGUAAUAAAUUAUAAUUCAUAUCUCCUUCUGAAAUAAAUAAACUUGAAUGAAAUGUCA